GCUCUGAAAUUUCCAAGCCGUGGCUAUGCAUCGCAGCGUACUAUAAAUGAGGUGGUGAUAGUAAGUGCUGUAAGGACACCUAUUGGAUCUUUCCAAGGAUCUCUUUCAUCACUGCCAGCCAAUAAACUUGGUUCUAUUGCAAUUAAGGGAGCAAUUGACAGAGCAGGAAUCCCUGCAGAAGAAGUGAAAGAGGCCUAUAUGGGCAAUGUCCUGCAGGCUGGACAAGGACAAGCUCCAGCAAGACAAGCAGUCUUGGGUGCAGGUCUUCCAAUUGCCACUCCUACCACAACUGUCAAUAAAGUCUGUGCUUCAGGAAUGAAAUCAAUCAUGAUGGCAGCACAAAGCCUGAUGUGUGGGAGUCAGGAUGUUAUGGUUGCUGGUGGAAUGGAAAGCAUGUCUAAUGUUCCCUACACAAUGAGCAGAGGGGCAACACCUUACGGAGGAGUAAAGCUGGAAGACCUGAUAGUAAAAGAUGGGCUGACAGAUGCUUAUAACCAUAUCCAUAUGGGCAACUGUGCUGAGAACACUGCAAAGAAGUUCACUAUUUCCAGAGAGGAGCAGGACACUUAUGCCAUAGGCUCCUACACCAAGAGCAAAACAGCCUGGGACUCAGGAGUACUGAAAAAUGAAAUAGUUCCUGUCACUAUUUCAAAAAAAGGGAAGCCAGAUACAGAAGUGAAAGAAGAUGAAGAAUACAAACGUGUUGAUUUCAGUAAAGUUCCAAAGCUGAAAGCUGUUUUCCAAAAAGAAAAUGGAACAGUUACAGCUGCUAAUGCCAGUACUCUGAAUGAUGGAGCAGCUGCUUUGGUGCUGAUGACUACAGAGGCAGCCAAGAGACUGAAAGUCAAACCCUUGGCACGGAUAGUAGCUUUUGCAGAUGCUGCUGUUGAUCCUAUUGACUUUCCAAUUGCACCUGCAUAUGCUGUUCCCAAGAUUCUAAGUGAGACAGGUCUGAAAAAAGAAGAUAUUGCAAUGUGGGAAAUAAAUGAAGCAUUCAGUGUUGUGGUGCUGGCCAAUAUUAAAAUGCUGGGCAUUGAUCCACAGAAAGUAAAUAUUAAUGGAGGUGCUGUCUCUCUUGGACAUCCAAUAGGAAUGUCUGGAGCAAGAAUUGUUGUUCACAUGGCCCAUGCUUUGAAACCAGGACAAUAUGGUCUUGCAGGAAUCUGCAAUGGAGGAGGAGGUGCUUCUGCAAUACUGAUACAGAAGCUGUAGCCCGAGUAGCAUCAGGAACACAGCCUUAAAUGCUCUCUGAUCAAAACUGAGUGGUAGCUGUUACAUCUUAUUUAUCAAUCAGUGGCUGAAUUCUGUAACUCCUAUUCUAAAAUUUCCUAAAGCAUCAGUGACUACAGAUCUGGACAACUGGCCUUUUAUUGCUUUAUCAGUGCAAGUUUUUAUACAAAUAAACAAUGUCAAAUUUUAAUUCUGGCUUGAAACCUGACAAUAAAGAAUGUUAACUAU